AAACCCACUUGGCUUGGAUGGCCAACGCGUUUGCAUAUUCGCCCGGAGUUCCCCGAUCGUCUUUUUGUGGGCUAUUCACGAGGUCACGUGGCCCAGUACGACCUAAGUUGUCUCAAUCCGCAUUUUUUUAACGCAUCAAAAAAACAUCUUGCACCGGUGAGACUGUUUCGUUUGGUCAACAGUCCAAUUGUCUCACUCUGUUUGAAUCCAAUAAACGGUCGAUAUCUAAUUGCCAAAGGUGUCGUGGAAUGUAAUUCACGGNUUCACGGUCUUCUCGGUCGCGAUAUCCUCUGGCCCGCCCGUGGGGACUCCUUGUUCUAUAGUCGUGAAUAUGCUAUUAGCAGACGUGCGGCGAUCGAUGCUCGAGGUGUGCCGUUAGAUCUGAACGAGAUAGGUGCACGAUCAGAGAGCUUUGUGCAGCAGACCUAUCUGGACGCACCACAGGAAUGCUGUCGUCAUCUCGUUCCGCUUGCUCUUCAGUCGGCCAGUGUCACUUACCUGGAAACCAAUAAACGAGGAACACAAGGUGCAACAGAGCUGCAAAAGCUGUGGUGCGAUUAUCCAAAGUUGAAAGUUAUUGAGGAUGACGAAAGUGGAGAUGGAGCGAUAGAGGGUUGGGUGUAG